CAGCUCGAACUCGCGCGCUCCCGUCCCCUCCCCCCGGCGAGCGGCGGGGCGGCUGUACCAGCGGACUUCUCAGUCUUCCGCGACUCGGUUCUUCUUCCCUCUCCCUCUUACUGUUUGUUGUGUGUUUGAUGUGUUAAAGCAGGAGCGAGAAAACGAGCAGCGCCAUGAGCAACACCACCGUCGUCCCCAGCACGGCGGGCCCGGGCCCCAGCGGCGGGCCCGGUGGCGGAGGUGGCGGCGGCGGCGGCGGCACCGAGGUAAUCCAGGUGACUAAUGUCUCCCCGAGCGCUAGCUCUGAGCAGAUGCGGACCCUCUUCGGUUUCCUGGGCAAGAUCGACGAACUGCGCCUCUUCCCGCCGGAUGAUUCACCUUUGCCAGUGUCAUCCCGUGUCUGCUUUGUUAAGUUCCAUGAUCCUGACUCGGCAGUUGUGGCACAGCAUCUGACAAACACUGUAUUCGUUGACAGAGCUUUGAUAGUCGUACCAUAUGCAGAAGGAGUUAUUCCUGAUGAGACUAAGGCUUUGUCUCUAUUGGCACCAGCUAAUGCAGUGGCAGGUCUUCUGCCUGGUGGUGGACUCCUGCCUACACCCAACCCACUUACCCAGAUUGGCGCUGUUCCAUUAGCUGCUUUGGGAGCUCCUACUCUUGAUCCUGCCCUUGCUGCCCUUGGGCUGCCUGGAGCAAACUUGAACUCUCAGUCUCUUGCCGCAGAUCAGUUGUUGAAGCUUAUGAGUACCGUUGAUCCCAAAUUGAAUCAUGUGGCUGCUGGUCUUGUUUCACCAAGUCUGAAAUCAGAUACUUCUAGUAAAGAAAUAGAGGAAGCGAUGAAAAGAGUACGAGAAGCACAAUCGCUAAUUUCUGCUGCUAUAGAACCAGAUAAGAAAGAAGAAAAACGAAGACAUUCAAGAUCAAGAUCACAUUCUAGGAGGAGGAGGACUCCUUCAUCUUCUAGGCACAGGCGAUCCAGAAGCAGGUCUCGGAGAAGAUCACAUUCGAAGUCAAGAAGUAGGCGAAGAUCCAAAAGUCCAAGACGGAGAAGAUCUCAUUCCAGAGAGAGAGGUAGAAGAUCAAGAAGCACAUCAAAAACUAGAGACAAAAAGAAAGAAGAUAAAGAAAAGAAACGCUCCAAAACACCACCAAAAAGUUAUAGCACAGCCAGACGUUCUAGAAGUGCAAGCAGUAUUUUAUGGUGUAGAGGGUAUUUGAAACAGCACGGAAUUCAACCGAGAGAGAGAAGAAGACGAAGAAGCAGGAGUGGAACAAGGUCCCCCAAGAAACCCAGGUCUCCUAAAAGAAAGAUGUCUCGCUCACCAUCCCCUAGAAGGCAUAAAAAGGAGAAAAAGAAAGACAAAGACAAAGAGAGGAGUAGAGAUGAAAGAGAACGAUCCACAAGCAAGAAGAAGAAGAGUAAAGACAAAGAAAAAGAUCGGGAAAGAAAGUCAGAGAGUGACAAAGAUGUCAAACAGGUUACACGGGAUUACGAUGAAGAGGAACAGGGAUAUGACAGCGAGAAGGAGAAAAAGGAAGAGAAGAAGCCAACAGAAGCAGGUUCCCCGAAAACAAAGGAAUGUUCCGUCGAAAAGGGAACUGGUGAUUCACUAAGGGAAUCCAAAGUGAAUGGGGAUGACCAUCAUGAAGAAGACAUGGAUAUGAGUGACUGAAUAUUGUUGCCUCUACAGGUAUUCAACUGUAUACAUGCAUCAGUGUCAUUCCUUUGUGUGAUUUCUUAAUGCUGUAUUUGUUCAUCUCAAAUCUAGAUGUAUACAGCUCUGAGUUAUAAAUGGUUAUAUAAAGCUCCCGAUAUUGACAUUAGUUACUUACACCAAAAGCUUAUAGAAAUGAUAACACGGGCAAUGUACUGUGGAAUCUGAUUGAGUGAAAAAGCAGUUUUACUAUUCUGGUGCUGCUUUAUCAAAAUGAAAAGCUGCAUGCAUCUACAGCAGGCAUGGAUUGUUUAUGUUGUAUGAUCACCUUUAUUAAGUAUGUUCACUUAUAGUAUUUCUAGAAUUUGAUUCAUUGCCGUAAUACAGCCAUGUAGGGAAUGCACUGAUUGCAUGUUAAUUGUGGCAGGAAUAUCCUAAAUGUCAUUAGAAUCCCUCAACAUGAUGGAUCUUACUUAUGGUCUUGUUUGUUGACAUGACAAAUUAACAUUGUUAUAGUUACAUCUGAAAAUGAACAUUUGAAAUAGAUAAUCCUAUAAGCCAUGUGGCUAAAUUUUGUGGCUUUUGUUUAACUUUGAGAGGUUAUAUAUGCACUAACCCUUUUUUGAUGGCUAAAUUAGGCUUUAAUUACAAAAAAAUUUCAAAUAAAAUUUUGGCAGUGAGUGAAUACCAGCCUAUUUUUUAAAAGUUGUAUACUUUUCAAUAAGGUCUUUGGGAUUUCCUCCCCCCCACCACCACCGCCCCUUGGAGUAAUUUAUUCCACAUCAACGUCAGUGAAUGGUACCUCCUUAUCCUGAGGUCCAUUUGUAAAAGAAAAAUUUCCUUUUAUUAUUUGUUUUAAGCUCAGUGUUGGAAAAAGAGUGUAGUGCAUUUUAAAUUGACCUUCAUAUGCUUUUAAAAUAAGACAAAUCGACUUGAUAAUGUACUUUUUAUUUGAUCUCAAGUUGUAUAAAACCAGUAAAUUUGUGUUAACUGUUACUGUGGUAGUAAUCUUAAUGCACACAGUGAUUCCAUGUUAUAUGCAACGUAGUUAGACAGCUGUUUUCUUAGUUACAGGAGUUUCAAGCUUCACUUUUGUGCAGUAAAAACAAAAGUAGGCUUCAGUCUGUGCCAUGUUGAUGUACAGUUUCUGAAAUUGUUUUACAAGACUUUGAUAAUAAAACCCUUAAACUUA